UUUCAGCAUCUGCUCUUCACUAGAUCUACAAGAUCAUCUGCGGGAUCUGAUUGAAUCAAGAUGCUGCUGAUCAUUGAAGCUCUUCUUCUCAUUUCAGCUGCUCUAGGAAAGGAUCACAGAGCAGCUGUUAAAGGGAAGAUAUUUCCACUGGAUAUGGCACUGGAUUCAGUUGACGAUCAGUAUGAGAACUGUAGAGACAGAAUGGCAGAAAAGGUGAAGAAGGUAUUUCUAAAUAAUGAAAAGAAUAACUCACCUGGUUUUAAAAUUGCUUGGGAAAAAGCUGGACACAUUGUCAAAAACCAUACCAAUCUGUCAAAGAAUCAUUUAAUCGCUCUUUAUGUGUACAGUGACAGUAAUAUAUAUACGCAUUUUAAUCCUGACACUCGUUUCGGUAACAAACGGUACAAACAACAGACAUACAAAUGGUACUCACUUCACUUUCUGUUAACAGAAGCAAUAGAGAUUCUGAAGACAACUGAACAAAAUGCAUGCUUUUAUACUUAUCGUCGUACUAAAGCUGAAUUUAGUAAGGAUGUUCUGAACAAAGAGGUUCGUUUUGGCCAGUUUGCUUCUUCCUCCAUUGAUCGUGAUAAAGGAGCAAAGGUUUUUGGAACUGUAUCUUGUUUUGAAAUCUACACUUGUGAAGGUGCCAAUAUUACAAAAUACUCUAAGCUUGCCCAUGAAGAAGAGGUACUGAUUCCUCCAUAUGAAAAGUUUAAAGUCAUUGAUGUCAAGAGAAAAGGUCAGAGAGGUGCUUGGUGUGACACUGUGUAUGUGUUGAACAGCACUGGAACAAGAAGUGACCUGAACUGUGCUCUAUUCAAGAAACCAGCCAAGACCUAA